GCGUUACAGACGAUACCUCCCUCUCAGUUGAUUCACAACCUUCGUGAGAACGCAUUGUGUCGUGAUGCGGCGCUCACCAACUUUCACGAGUAGUGAUGUGAUACGGUUUUAUACGAUAUCUGUACAUUAGGUAUCUAAGUUUUGGACCUUCAGGAUUUUAAAAUAAAUACAACAACAGUGAUUAGUUAAGUGAAUAUAAACGUUUAAAGAAUGAUUUAUAGUGGGAUUUUAAAAUAAAAUAAAAAUGAAGUGGCUAAUAGUGGUUGUGACUGUGAUUAUGUUAAAAACGAUUUCGGCUGCUUUUGCGCCCCCUGGAUCGUGUCCUGCUGUCUGUGUAUGUAAAUGGAAGGGUGGUAAACAAACUGUGGAGUGUGUGGAUCGGGCUCUAAUCACUGUGCCCGAACCUGUCGACCCAGCUACUCAAGUGCUCGACCUUUCGGGAAAUAAUUUGCAAAUACUUCCGCAGGAGGCUUUUGCAAGAACGGGACUUGUAAACUUACAAAGAGUGUAUUUAAGAAGCUGUAAUAUAGGUCAAAUAAAUGACCGAGCGUUUAAAGGUCUAACCAAUUUAGUAGAAUUGGAUCUUUCAAAUAAUUUGCUAACACAAAUACCUUCUAGUAGUUUUAAGGAUGCUCCAUUUCUCAGGGAUCUCACCCUGUCAAAUAAUCCCAUUUUAAAAAUACAUUCUGACGCUCUUAGUAACCUUGGCAGCGCAGUCAAACUUGACCUAUCACGAUGUGAAAUCAGAGAUAUAGCAGCUGACGUGUUUAGAAACUUACAUUCGUUGGAAUCCUUAAAGUUAAAUGGCAACAAUCUUCGAGAUUUACCGUUAAGUUCUUUGGAAAAGCUUGACAAAUUAAGGGUAAUCGAUUUAUCCGACAACCCAUGGAUUUGCGACUGUCGCUUACGAGACCUUAAAAUGUGGCUAUCGAAUCAUAAGUUAUUCUCAAGUCCAUCUUGUGCAUCACCACCUAGAUUAGCAGAAAAAGCCUUUUCAGAUCUUUCGCUAGACGAAUUUGCUUGUAAGCCAGAAAUUUUACCCAUCAGCAGACACGUUGAGGCAACUGUUGGAGAAAAUACGACGGUUGUAUGUAAAACAGAAGCUGUGCCAAGUGCUAACAUUAAUUGGUAUUGGAACGGUCGACUAUUGCAAAAUGGAAGUCAUUUCAAUUCCCAUCAAAGAAUAUAUAUUUAUGAAGCCGGUGAUAUUAAAAAGAAAUCAUCUUUAGUUUUGACUAAUACACAAGAAUCGGACUCAUCGGAGUUUUAUUGUGUCGCAGACAAUAAAGGCGGGAGUGCCGAGGCUAAUUUUACAGUCCACGUCACUCAGAUGGCAGCUGGAAUGGCGUCUUUAGGUAGCGCUCAAAUUGCUAGUUUGGGGGCGGCAUUGUUCUUAGUCGUUAUUGUUAUUUCAUUGGGAUUACUUAUUAUGUUUGUUCGCUUUCGGCCUACACCAGUGUGUGAGAGUAAAACACCAAAUACCUUAGAUCGAGUCGUAUCUGGAAAUGAAGUGCACCCAACUGUUACGGAUAGACCGCAUGUAGCAGUUUUAGCAAAUAGACAAGAAUCUCCAAAUUAUGAUGAUCAAAAAUGUAAUUCAGUAAUUAAACCACCUCGAUCAAAUGAUAUUCCUUAUACGACGAACCAUUACGACGGUCGAGGCAGCAUUGUCACCACAGGAGGGACGGUAGCAGUAUCUCCAACGGUUUCCGGAGGUAUUAAUCCUGAUCUUAUAAAUGAUACAAGGCCAGACAGCGCAGCACGUCCUGGUAGCGGUGAAUAUGCACGCGAAGCAUCAGAUUCUCUUUAUCCUUCUGGGCUAUGGGACCAGAUUAAAAUGAACCAAGCAAAUAAUCUGGCCCGUGCAGUUAGUUCAGCCAUCCCGGCAUAUUAUAAUGAUCGAACUCCUAUAAUUGAAAAUAGUAGCGUGAAUGGUUCUCAAGAAGAACUAGGAUAUACGAGUCGAACGUUUCCGAGAUCGCAUGCUUUAACAACAGUGCCUGCGACAUCGGGAGACGCUCCUUAUCCCCCUGACUACGGAUUACCGGUAGGUUCAGCACGAACGUUACGUGUUUGGCAACGUGCCCCUCCCGUACUUCCUCCAGUAUCGGCCUUAAAGAGAGUGCUAACUAUAACUAGGCCAUCAGAAGAGAGCUUUCACGAUGGCUGUGCAACUGAUGUUUAGAACUAUUAGCAUAACGUAAUAUAUAUACAAAUAUAUUUGUAAUUAUGAGUCAAAAUGUAAAUACUUGUAUAUGUUAUCAGUAAUAUAGAUUUUGUAUUAUAUAAUUUAUUUAGAAAACUAGGUAGUGGAAAGUUAAAUUGGAUCCGGAUGCGUCGGGUCCACGACUGAUUAGAUGAAGGAAGUAAGUGUAAAUUAUAACGUGAUACGGAAAGGUAUUAAAUAUUAUGAUCGCCAAAUAAAUAAUAUACUUAAUUAUUAUUGAUAUUGUAUCCUGAAUGUUGAUAUUUAAAUAGAUGUUGCAUAAAUGCGUAAUUAAUGUUGUGGUAAGAAUUUCACAAUAACAAAGUAUCCAAAGAAGUUUUCCCACUAAUGUUACAAAAAGUAUAAAUAUAACUACGAAUAUGUAUUAAUGUAAUGCACGAUGAAUGUUAAUUGAUGUAAGUUAAUGUAUGUGAAUAUUUUAUGUAAAAAAAUAUAAAAUUUAUAGAAAUAAAACAUGGGAUGGAAUAAACAGGCGAUUGUAAAAUUUAAA